GCCCUCAGCCUUAUCUACGUCACACGGUUGACACAUGCGCACCGCCUACGCUCCGAAAGCCCUUUUUUUGCAUAGUGUUGAACUGCUAGCAUCCACCGAGCAUCAAGAUGCAGCUCUUCUUGCGUGCCCAGAACACUCACACCCUUGAGGUGACCGGACAGGAGACCGUCAGAGAAAUAAAGCUCCAUGUCCAGACUCUGGAGGGUCUCCUAGUGGAGGACCAGGUACUAUUGCUGGACAGUUCCCCCUUGGAGGACUCCUCCUCUCUUGUGGACUGUGGCAUCUCUGAGUACUGCACAUUGGAAGUGGCUGGCCGACUUCUGGGAGGAAAAGUCCACGGCUCCCUGGCCCGUGCCGGUAAAGUGCGGGGACAGACACCCAAGGUUGACAAGCAGGAGAAGAAGAAGAAGAAGACUGGUCGUGCCAAGCGUCGCAUCCAGUACAACAGGCGCUUCGUCAAUGUUGUGCCCACCUUCGGCAAGAAGAAGGGCCCCAACGCCAACUCCUAAGAACCCCCCCCCCCCCCCCUUCAAGAGAACGCUGAAAGGUUUUCCUCCUGUACAGAAUAAAGAUUUGCCUUGGACUAAAUUAAAGAUCUCAUGUCUUGGGUGUUUAUGAAUUUGAGAUAAGUAAAUUAUAUUAUUAAAAUGCCUAUUAGAAACUAUUGUUUGGACAACAUAUUGACAAAUUAUUUGAUACUUUCUUGUUCAGGGGUUUUUGAUUCUGAGCCUGCAGUUCUGCUGGUUUUCUGUUCUACCUGAUAAUGGCUAUAAAUAGUCACACACUCCAUAUAUAAAUUCCCAGUGAUUUAUUGGGUCAAUCACCAACGUAUCAGCAUCACUGCCUUCUUCAGGGUAAUGUCUUGAAUACUUGAACCAGGUUAUGUAGACAAUUUGUGCAACCAAUGACAAUAGUGAGGGGUGUGUCAUUAUGUUAAUUAGUAAUGAGUGAAGCUGUUAAACAAUAGUUUAUGGCAUGUUGAAUUUAUUAGGUUAUGUGGAAACAUUGAAUAUUGUACAUAAUAUUAGCGCCACCAUUGUUUAAUUCAAUUUCACAUUUGUUUCCUAUUUCUCAGGUUAAAACUGUAAUGUUCACCCUGUGUAACAGGGUGAACAUAUUGGAUGUACACUGAUAAGCUGUGGAAAGAAUAUAAUGUAUAAUACUUGUUCAUAAAAGAGAGAAUUGUU